AAACAAGAAUUUUUGUAUUGGAAAAUGUUAAAAAUGAUAAAUUUGUCAAAAAAAAAAAGUUAAAAAUAAUAAUUUUCACCUUUAAUUUAAUGCGCAAAGUUCAAGAAUUUAAUUUCUUUAAAGAAAAAAAAUUAGCUUUGUAAUAUUGAGUUGGAGAAGAGAGCAACGCCAUGAAUUUCUCUCGAACAAUCAUCUCAAACCAAACUCUGCUCACAUUUCGCCUUAAAUCUCUGUUAACUUCUCAUACUGCAUUCUUAGAUUUCAGAUAUUUCUCUUCUGUUCCUGAACUUUGCCAUCCUCAGAGGGCGCACCAUCUGUUCGAGAAAAGUCCAAGGCGAGACCUUUCAGACUACAAUCACUUGCUUUUCGAGUAUUCCCUCACUGACCGGAACAAGGAAGCACUUAAUCUCUUUGUGGGUCUUCAUUGUUCCGGUUCUCUCAUCGAUGAGUCGACUCUUUCUUGUAUAUUGAAGGUCUGUCAUUGCUUGUCUGAUCAGGUUGGCGGUAAACAGGUGCAUUGUGAGUCUAUAAAAUCUGGGUUGGAUGCAAAUGUAGGCGUUGGGAAUUCUCUUAUUGAUAUGUAUAUGAAAACUGAGGAUGUUGGUGAUGGAAGGAGAGCUUUUGAUGAAAUGGAGAGUAAAAAUGUGGUGUCUUGGAACGCUUUGUUCACUGGCUAUGUAAAAAAUGGAUUGAAUGACCUUACACCAGAUUUGUUCUGCCAAAUGUAUGCUAAUGGGGUGAAGCCUAACCCCUUGACAUUAGCAACUGUUAUUGGGGCUGUGGCAAAUCGUGGUUUGGUUGAGGAGGGGAGUCAAUUCCAUACCUUGGUAGUAAAGAAUGGUUAUGAAUCAAGUACAUUUGUUUGUAACUCCUUGAUUAAUAUGUAUUCGAAAUCGGGUUUAAUAAGGGAUGCAAGAGCUGUUUUUGACAGUGUGGAGAAUAGAGAGGCAGUUACUUGGAAUAGUAUGAUUGCAGGGUACGUGACAAAUGGGCUUGAUCUUGAAGCUUUUAAAAUGUUUCAUUGGAUGAGUGUUGUAGGUGAAAAGUUCACACAGCCAGCAUUUGCUUCUGUAAUCAAGUCAUGUGCUAAAGUUAAAGAAUUGGGUUUUGCUAGGCAACUUCACUGCUGGGUUUUGAAAAGUGGAUUGGGAUUUGAUCAUAAUAUUAGAACAGCCCUUAUGGUGGCUUACAGUAAAUGCAGUGAAAUGGAUGAUGCCUUUAAGAUUUUCUCAAUGAUGAAAGGUGUUCAGAAUGUGGUAACAUGGACUGCCGUGAUAAGCGGCUACUUGCAGAACGGUGUAACAGAGCAAGCAGUGCACUUAUUCUGUCAAAUGAGUCGGGACGGUGUCAGGCCAAACCAUUUCACUUAUUCUACCAUCCUUAUGGCUCAUUCUCCUAUCUUUAUACUUCAAGUACAUGCACAAGUUGUGAAAACAAAUUAUGAGAAAUCAUCUACUGUAGGAACUUCUUUGUUGGAUGCUUAUGUUAAAAUGGGAAAUGUUAAAGAAGCUGCCAAAGUUUUUGAGCUAAUCGAUGAAAAGGACAUUGUGACAUGGUCAGCAAUGCUUGCUGGAUAUGCUCAAAUGGGAGAAAUGGAUGGAGCUGUGCGAAUUUUUCUGAAGUUAGCGAAGGAGGGGAUUAGACCCAACGAGUUCACUUUUUCUAGUGUGAUUCAUGCUUGUGCUGGAACUUUAGCAUCUGUAGAGCAAGGGAAACAAUUUCAUGCAUUGACAAUCAAAUCAAGAUUGAAUAAUGCUUUAUGCGUGAGCAGUGCUCUUGUUACCAUGUAUGCAAAGAGAGGACAUAUUGAGAGCGCAAAUGAAGUUUUUAAGAGGCAACGGGAUAGAGACUUGAUUUCCUGGAACUCAAUGAUCUCUGGAUUUGCACAACAUGGUCAAGGGAAGAAGGCUCUUAAGAUAUUUGAGGAUAUGCGAACACAGAAACUUGAAAUGGAUGGCAUAACAUUCAUUGGCGUGAUAUCCGCUUGUACUCAUGCUGGCAUAGUGGAUGAAGGUCAAAGAUACUUUGACAUGAUGGUUAGAGAUCAUCACAUUAGUCCAACCAUGGAGCACUUUUCGUGCAUGGUUGAUUUAUACAGCCGAGCAGGAAUGCUCGAAAAGGCCAUGGAUAUCAUAACCGAAAUGCCAUUCCCCGCCGGUGCAACUGUGUGGCGAACACUCUUGUCUGCUUGCCAUGUUCGCCGCAAUCUAGAGCUAGGAAAAAUUGCUGCAGAAAAGCUCAUUUCGCUGCAGCCCGAAGACUCGGCUGCUUAUGUACUGAUGUCCAAUAUUUAUGCCGCAGCAGGAAACUGGCAGGAGAGAGCCGUGGUGAGAAAAUUGAUGGACGAGAGAAAAGUUAAGAAAGAAGCUGGGUGUAGUUGGAUUGAGGUGAGAAACAAAACCUACUCAUUCGUGGCUGGUGAUCUUUCACAUCCUUUGGCAGAGCAAAUCUAUUCAAAGCUUGAAGAACUAAGUAUUCGGUUGAAGGAUAUGGGAUACCAGCCUGACACAAAUUAUGUACUUCAUGAUGUUGAAGAGGAACACAAAGCAGUCAUUCUUUCUCAACACAGUGAAAGGCUGGCUAUUGCUUUUGGAUUAAUUGCCACACCACCAGGAACUACCAUCCAGAUUAUUAAAAACCUUAGAGUAUGUGGAGACUGCCACAAUGUUAUCAAGUUAAUAUCGUUGAUCGAACAAAGAUAUAUCGUUGUAAGGGAUUCAAACCGGUUUCACCACUUUAAGAAUGGUGUUUGCUCUUGUGGGGACUAUUGGUGACACUCCAGUCUUAGAAUUGGUGGAUCAAGUUUUCAAGGAUUCUUGGCCGCCCGACCCACAUUUUUCGUGUCUCCGGUAAAUUCGGGUCGGGCCGGGCCGGGCUCGGCCCAUAUUCAAUUCAUGUCGGCCCAUUUUUGAAAGAGUAGGCCCAGCACGGCCCAUGUCGUGUCGUGCUCGUGCCGUGUCGGGUCGGCCCACUUUCCUUAUUCGGGCCCACUUUUAGGCCUACAUUUUUUUUGCUAAAAAAAUAUGAGGAUGGAGAAUUGAACCCUCCACCUCCUCUUUAACCAUCAAUGAACUUACCACCAAAUCAAG